ACGUUCUUUUUGUCUAUAUGCAUUUAGACUCAAGCGGCCAGCCUUUCUGUGUCCAGUGCAAGCCAGAGUACCAGGGUCCCAACUGUGAGCAGUGUAGUGAUGGCUUCUACAAUGCCGACAGCAUCUGCCUUCCCUGUAACUGCAGCGGGAACGGAGACCCCCACAUAUCCCCUCAGAUCUGUCACCCGGACACAGGCCACUGCCUGAGCUGCAUCAACAACACUACGGGGCUGCACUGCGAGCGCUGCGCAGAGGGCUUUACAGGGGACGCACUAGCCAGGAACUGCACUCCUACAGUCGUCCACACUACUCCUUCAACCACUACCCACUGGUUUCACUACACCACCAUGACCUCCAGCCCCAAUGCUACAGCACAAUUCACCACUUUCUCCACAAGUUUGCUGAGCAGCCUGGGCAGCUCCACCCCCAACACCACCACCACAGUGACUCCGGUCCCGUGGAACCAGUUCAACAUCAUUGUCCUGGCCGUGAUCAUCAUAGUUGUUAUUGCUCUCUUGGCAGUGGUAGGUGGUGUGUACACUUACAGAGAAUAUCAGAACCGCAAGCUGAACGCCCCAUUCUGGACCAUCGAGCUGAAGGAGGACAACAUUAGCUUCAGCAGCUAUCAUGACUGCAUUCCGAACGCAGAUGUAUCAGGGCUUUUAGAAGAUGACGUUAGUGACAUGGGCAAUGGACAACUUGCUUUAACCGGUCCUGGUAAUUUGUAUAAGGUGUAACUGAUGUUCCAUCACAGAAACUGGGCUGCUACGUCAGUGCUGGCCCGACGCUGGGCAGAUUGUGGACCUGUGGAUAUGUUGACCCCUGAUAUAUGUUUUCAUUUUAGGCUGAUGAACAAAGGACACGGUAUUCCCAUUGGACAUAAUGCAAACACUCACACAAGCACUCCAGAGCCAGAAGACAAAGUAAUGAAUGAGGAACAUGAGCAGUGCAUCUAACUGAAAAGCCAAGUUAAACAUCCUGCCUUGUUGAAGGCCUUGGCCAACUCACAGCUGAAACAUGUUGUCUUGUUUUGAAGAAGGAGAAGAGAUGCAGAGACCAUUUCACUAAUGUGUGACUAGACAAUGAUGUGACUGUGAGACAUGCAUGAUGUUUCAUCACAAAUGGAUAGAUCAAUCAAAUGCAUCUGCUUAUUAACAUUAUUAGCAUACUUGCAGUUACAUCCAUUCACACUUUCCCUUUGUAAAUGCUGUUUUAAAUGGACAGAGGGGACAUUAGUUUUCAUCAAACUCGGGAUGGAUAUCGUUUUGUUUUUUUCUUUGUGUGUUCACACGGUUUUAGUGUCGCUUCUUACAUGCUAUUACAUGUGCAGGACUUUAGGGGGCACCGUUACACUGGACCUGGCGUACAGAGCAGGCCUGUGUAUUAUGCAAUGGAAAUAUAUAAUACUAAAUGGCACAUGGCUGCUGAAUGACUUCUGCAUUCAAUUGCAUUUAUUUUGGCAGACACUUCCUUGCCGAAGCAAAUUGCAAGAAGGGAUGAUUUGUUUUUAUCAGGCCAGAGGAUCUGUGUGUCAGUCUCAGAUGGAGAGAGCCUGACUAAUUCUUGUCACAAUAUUACAACGGUAAAGUGGAUUUUGAAGACCAUUUCAUGGUGUAUGGAACUGUACUUGUUUUAUUUAUUUUUCAGAAAUGUUCUCCUCAAUCCGCUUUUCCUUCAUGACUUAGCACCGGGCAUCAGUUCAAUGGUGCCAUGCCUUGUUGUGUGGACUUGACACAACUUGUCUGACUGGUAGAGUUUAAGUUUUGGUUCAUUUAUUUGAACGAACCUCUCUCUCAGCUUGAUGGUUUAGGGUCAGUUUACGUGAGUCACAGAGGAAGGGAACAAAUAUGAUCAGAUGAGCAAUAAUGCCUGUUGGAUCUAACAGCCGUACUGGGCAGUAAUUAAUCACUGCCAUUUGUGUAGCACAGGCUAAAACAAGUUGAGCAAACGGUUCAGUGAUGAAUAAGUGCACAUGUUUGAGUGUGUGGGUGUUGAGCGUGGUAAUCUAAUAUAUUAUUAUUAUUAUUGGAGUUGGGUAAAAGAGUACAAAAUGCCAUGUCAGUCAGUAAAAGACCAAUAAAAUGAUGUGUGUGUGUUUAUGAAUGAGUCUGUUUUUAUAGGCAAUGACCUGAACUUGAAGACAAGAGCAAUAGAUCAUCUGUGAUUAUAUCUCAAAUGACUUUUGGGAUAUCUACUUUUAGCUCCCUCCCCACUUCCACCAUCCCAAAGCUGUCUUUAUCCGAGGUGUGUUGGUACAAAACGAUGUAAAUAUUAGAUGUACAGAAUGGUUGUCAUGAGGAGGCUGCUAUUGUAUUGGUACAUAUGGCGAUGAGUCUUGUUUCUGUGACCAGCAUACUGGUGCGCACACAUAGAGGCUGACGUCGUAAUGGUGUCUUAAUCUCACAUUGUAUGCAUUGUGCAGUAUGCAUGGUGCACCAUAUUCACAACUAAUUCUGUGAAAGAUUUCAAUAAAAGUU